ACUGCCUGUUGUUUCUCUCUCUCUCUCUUUCACUAUCCAAUCCCUGCUACACCGCCUCAGUAGAAGGAGCCAGUGUGUGUGUUUGUGAGCGAGAGAAAGACUGCAACAAGUGCACCGACUACCGAACCAGAUGGAAGGAGCGGCGAGCUUCCCAGUGCGGCUGCUGUUGCUCGCCAACCUGCUGGUAGCUACUGCAGGCGAGGUACAAGUAGCGCCGCCGGGGGAAGGGAUCCUCAACUGGGAUCGGAAAGAGUUGGCGCCCAAAGAACGCUUCAGCAUCCUGGCCCACCAUAACCGUCUCAGGAGCAAAGUUCAGCCUCCUGCAGCAAACAUGCAGAAGAUGGAAUGGAGUGAGAACCUUGCCCGACUGGCACAGCUGAGGGCAGGCAGCUGCCACAGGAACGAACAGGAACGGUGGGCUCAGAGAGAAGAAGAAGAAGAAGAAGAAGAAGGGGAGAUUGGCUGGAAUUAUCACGCCUCACCAGCUGGGACGUUGUCUGUCUCUGAGGUUGUUGACCUGUGGUUUCGGGAGGCUCAGAAUUAUCACUACCACAUGGGUCAGUGCAAGUACAACGCUUCCUGCCACCAUUACACUCAGCUUGUCUGGGCAACCACCAGCAAAGUCGGGUGUGGGAAACAUAUUUGUUUUCAGAAUGGAGAAUGGACGGAGAUUGUUAUCUGUGCCUAUUCGCCAGGAGGGAACUGGGAAAUCAAUGGAAGAACCAUCAUUCCCUAUAAGGAAGGGGCAUCAUGCUCUCUCUGCACCUCUCGCAUGUCAGGCUGUUUUAAAUCCUGGGACCACCAUGGUGGACUGUGUGAGGUCCCCAGGAAUCCGUGUCGGAUGAGCUGCAGUAACAGAGGCCAGCUGAAUGUGAGCUCAUGUCGAUGUGAGUGUUUGCCAGGGUUCACUGGGAGAUAUUGCCAAGUCAGGUGCAGUGUGCAAUGCAUUCACGGGAAGUAUAGAGAAGAGGAGUGCUCCUGUAUGUGUAAUGUCGGAUAUGGUGGUGCUCUCUGUGGGGAAAAGAUGGAGUUUCCGUUUCAUACCUGUGAUAUCCAGAUUGAUGGGGAUUGCUUUAUGGUCUCUCCUGAAGCCGACACAUAUUACGGAGCCAAGAACAAAUGUCAGGAGCGAGGUGGGAUUUUAGCACAAAUUAAAAACCAGAAGGUGCAAGAUAUUUUGGCUUUUUACCUUAGUCAAUUAGAGAAUACAAACGAAGUGACUGACCCAGACUUCGAAACGCGCAACUUCUGGAUUGGCUUGACUUACAAAAUGUCAAGAGACUCGUUCCGUUGGGAUUCUGGGGAACUUCCUACUUUUUACAGUUUUGCUUUUGGACAGCCAGAUAAUCAGGGUUUUGGAAACUGUGUCGAGUUGCAAGUUUCAAGUGCUUUCAAUUGGAAUGAUCAGCGUUGCAAGACUCGCAACAGAUAUAUUUGCCAGUUCAGUGAGGAGCACGUUGCACAGUGGGCCUGAAUGAGGAUGUCCAUUAUGUUUCCACGGAGAGAUUUGAAACAAGCGUCAAUUUGUAUCUGAACUGAGCUAGCCACUACAAUAGAUUAGGAUCGGGGAUGAUAGGCACUGAGUCCGAGUGAAGGCCUGGUUCAGUUUUGUGGCCAACCAGCACUGUUCUGGCCAUCCUGACAGUAGGAAAGUAGUGUGUCCUUCAUUGAAAGUACUUUGUUACAACACGGAGACCCUGCAUUUCAAAGAACAAGGCAAAGAAGAAUUUUUCUCAAGCUCCUGGACUUUUAGACAUUGAGGAAAUUGGUUCAAAGGUUAAUGGGUCUGGAGUCUUGUCCUUGGUGCAUCCAAGAGAAAGAAAUGUCAAAUGUAAUAGUGCUCACUCUUAGGAAUACCUCACCACUCAAUGUUGGGUUGAGUGGUGGGGAGACAGUGUUUUAUGAUUCCCUGCACAACAAGCUCCUGAACUGCUUAGAUGCAUUCCCCCAAAGGGUGAAGCAAUGAAAAUGAUAAACGUGCCAUGUUAGCAGGCAGAUAAAUCAUAAUUAUGUCCUUUCCAGAUGCUGCAAGAUGAUAUGCCUGUGACUUCACUGCAUUGUUUUGCUGAGAUAGAGAGGGCACUGAAUCCCAAGUUCAAGGAGCAGCAAAUGUGUUUGAAUGCAUUUGUGUGUGUGUGCAUGCAUGGUAUGUGCGCAUGUGUGUAUGUCUGUGUGCAUAUCUGUGUCUGUAUGUGACAUAUCUUUGUAUGUGUGUCUCCAUGUGCAUAAAAGUGACUGUACGUGUACAUGUAAAUCUGUGUGUGUGACUGUAUGUGUGUGUGUUUUCACCUUCUGGCUGCAUUAUAAGUACCACAAUUAAAGUUCUUACCACUCUCACUUGGUGCUAAUACAAAAAAGGUAGUGUUACCACUGAUUAAGAAGUCUGUACCAACCCACCAUUGAAUAAGCUGAACAAGACUGUAGUAUAACCAACUAUAGUUAAAUUGCCUGUUUAAAGGUCAAAUAAACACAUUAAAAUGCUACCAAAUAAUUAGUUCAACAUUAAAAGUAGGAUGAGUGACAUUCACAUCUGGAAGUCUUUGCCAAACGACUCCAAAACUGAAGUGUCUUUUUCUGCCAGAAUGGAUAUCCUCUUUUCCCACAGCCUCCCAGUGUGACAAACAGGAAAGUUCAAUUGUCUGAGGUCAAUUUCACCAAUGCCCUAUAUAACUGAAGCAUAAGCUCCCUACUUUUCUAUUCAUUUUCCCUCACAAUAAAGCAUAACAUUAUAUUAGCUUUUCUGAUUACUUGCUAUACACACAUACUAACCAUCGGCGAUUAAUGCACUUGGACACGCAGAUCUCUCUGCAUCCUCUCUUCAUUCAGACAAAUUGUGUCUUUUUCAUUCUUUCUACCAAAAUGGGCAAAUUCACUUU